AUGGCGCCAGGUAGUGGUGGUGCUGCUAGUAGUGGUGAGGAGGAUAAAGAUGCCAAACAUGUAUUGGAUGAAUUUGGACAAAAAGUGCACGACGAAGUGAAAAAGGAAGCUAAAAAAUAUAUUGAUGAAUUGAAAGCAGGUGUGUCGUUUGCAUCAAUUUUGGGUGAGGAAUCAGCACACACCACAGAACCAUGCGGACUUGAUUAUAGUAAACUUAUUAAAGGUAGUGGUAGUGGUGGUGUUGCUGCUCGCGGUCAUCCGUGCGGAAAUGGAAGUGCAAGUGCAAGUGAUAAACGUUUUUCUAAAGAACGUGUCGAUGAAUAUGAUGAGAAAAAAAUAGGAUGUAGUAAUAGUGAAGGAGCUUGCGCUCCAUACCGACGUCUACAUUUAUGUAACAAAAAUUUUCCAAAUAUGAAUAGUAAGGAUAGUUCGAAAGCUAAGCAUGAUUUAUUGGUAGAUGUGUGUAUGGCAGCAAAAUAUGAAGGGGAGUCCUUAAAAGUUUAUCAUGAGCAAUAUGAAGUACAAUAUCCUUCUUCUGGUUCUACAAUGUGUACUGAGUUGGCACGAAGUUUUGCAGAUAUAGGUGAUAUCGUAAGAGGAAUAGAUUUGUAUGGUGGUAAUAAUAAGAGAAGAAAACAAUUAGAUGAUAAGUUGAAAGAAAUUUUCAAGAAAAUACAUGAAAAUUUGGGUACACAUGAAAAAAAACACUACGAAAAUGAUACUGCAAAUUAUUAUAAAUUAAGAGAAGCUUGGUGGGCACUUAAUAGACAAGAUGUAUGGAAAGCAUUAACGUGUGAUGCGCACGGUACAUAUUUUCGUGCAACGUGCAGUGAACGUAAUGGAGGUUGUUCUCAAGCUAAUGACAAAUGUCGAUGUCCCAAGACAAGUGAUGGCAAGGCCAACGACCAAGUCCCCACAUAUUUUGACUACGUGCCGCAGUAUCUUCGCUGGUUCGAGGAAUGGGCCGAAGACUUUUGUAGGAAAAAGAAUAAAAAAGUAGAAAAUGUGAAAAAACAAUGUCGCAAAAAAGAUAAUAGUAGUGAUGAUCGAUAUUGUAGCCGUAAUGGCUACGAUUGCGAAAAAACUAAACGAGCGAUUGGUAAGUUACGUUAUGGUAAAGGUUGCACUGAGUGUUUUUUUGCAUGUAAUCCUUACGUUGAGUGGAUAGAAAAACAAAAAGAACAAUUUGACAAACAAAAAAAAAAAUAUGAUGAAGAAAUAAAAAAAUAUGAAAAUGGAGCACCACGUAGUAGUGGUGGUAGGGCAAAACGAGCUGCACCUAGUAAUAUUAAUUAUGAAGGAUAUGAAAGUAAAUUUUAUAAAAUACUUAAAGGUGACUAUGGAAGCGUUGAUGCUUUUUUGGAAAAAUUAAGUAAAGAAAAUGUAUGCACAGCUAUUACUGACGGAGGAAGAAUUAGUUUUGAAAAAGUUAAUACUGGUAGUACUGGUGGUUCUGUUCGUGAUGCUAGUGGUGGUGAUAGUGGUACUAAUAAUGAAAAAGAAGGAACAUUUUAUCGAUCGGAAUAUUGCCAACCCUGUCCUUAUUGUGGAGUGAAAAAGAAAAAUGGUAAUGAAUGGAAAAAGAAAGAUACUGAUCAAUGCAAGAAUAUAAAACUUUAUAAGCCUAGAGAUGACAAAGGUGGUACUCCUAUUGAAAUCCUUAAAAGUGGUGAAAAGCAUGAUGAUAUUGAAACAAAAUUAAAGGCGUUUUGCAAAACACAAAAUGGUAGUGAUGGUGGUCGUGGUGGUUCUGGUGGUAGUGGGGGAAAAAAUAGUGAUUCUUCUUUGUAUGAUCCAUGGCAAUGUUAUCAAAUUGGUGAGCUGACGAAAGAUAAUAAAGCAGGGGGUGAGGAUGACGAGGAUGACGACGACUAUGACGGAUUGGUAACGAAUUCAGGUGGAUUAUGUAUAUUAAAAAACAACAUAAAUAAAAAAGAAAAACCUGAACGCAGUUCUCAAAAGGAGCCUGAUGAAAUCCAAAAGACAUUCCAUGAUUUUUUUUACUAUUGGGUUGCACAUAUGUUAAAAGAUUCCAUACACUGGAGAACAAAAAAACUUGAUAAAUGUUUACAAAAUGGUAACAAAAAAUGUGGGAAAAAAAUAUGUAAUGGUGAUUGUGAAUGUUUUAAAAGAUGGGUUGAACAAAAAGAAACCGAAUGGGGGAAAAUAAAAGAACAUUUUAAAACGCAAAAAGGUUUUGACAAAGAAGAUAAUAGCAGUCCUUCAGGUUUCACCUUACGUAUGACCCAUGAUGUUGUUCUUGACGGUGUUUUGAAAGAAGAAUUUUUGAAAGGCGAUUCCGAAGACGGUUCCGCACAAGAUACCCAAAAUAGUCUGGAUGCAGAGGAAAUACAACACCUUCGCGAAAUGUUGAAAGAAACAGGUUUUGAUGGUGGCAGUGGUAUCGGUGUUGCCAAAGAACAAAAAACUUUAAUGGAUAAAUUGAUCGAGUACGAAAAAGGAAUUGCCACCAAAUGCCUACAAAAAUGCCAAGAAACGCAACCAGAAAAUCCCGCCCGCUCACUAGAUUCCGUACCUGGCAGCCCAUCACCACCUGCCGACCCCUCACUAGACACCGCACGUGGCCCCAACCACGAGGAGGAGGAAGAAGACGACGAUUCCGGCGACGAUGACGAAGUCGACCUCCAGGAGGACCAGGAGGACCAGGACGAGGCGGAGGCGGAAGACCCGGACGGGGAGUCGUCAACCGCAGAGACAACACAACAAGAGGCGGUGGCACCUACAACACAAGACAAUGCGGAGAAGCCAUGUGACAUAGUGGACAAACUCUUUCAGAACCCCGAACAAUUUAAAGAAGUCGCAUGUAAACAAAAAUAUGCCAAAAACAACUCACGUUUAGGAUGGAAGUGUGUCACACCAAGUGGUGAUCAAAAAGCCACUAGCGAGGGUAAUGGUGACGCCAAUCGUCGUGUCGCACGUCAAACCAGUGAAAGUGGUGAAAAAAGUGGUGAUAAGGACGGCGCCAUAUGUAUCCCACCACGAAGACGACGAUUAUACAUACAGAAACUACAGGAGUGGGCAAAAACAGUGGGUAACACAGUAGUUAGUGGUGAACCACAGACACAAGGUGAAGCGUCGUCACCUAGUGAUAAAGAGUCCUCACAAAGUGACAAACUGCGUGAGGCGUUUAUUCAAUCUGCGGCAAUAGAAACUUUUUUUUUAUGGGAUAGAUACAAAAAAGAGUGGGCGUUACAAAAGUUGGCGGAACUACAACGAAAUGGAGACCUACCCUUUUUCACCUCCGGAGCAGGAUAUGGAAUGACAGCAGUAGUUAACGGAGCACAACCAACAGCAUCACCCGGUCAUAGCAACGGCCUCAUCUCUCUCCCCUCCCUCGUUACAGAUAGUGACAACCCCCAAAACAAAUUAAAUGAUGGCACAAUCCCACCAGAUUUCUUGCGUCAGAUGUUUUAUACUUUAGGUGAUUACAGAGAUAUAUGCAUAGGUGUUAAAGAAGAUGUGAUUAAGGCGUUAAAAGCUAGUAGUGACAAAAAUAUUGAGACAAUAAAAAAAGCUAUAGAUGAAAUUUUAAGCAAACAAAGUAGGAACAACCAACAAUCUGGCCAAAAAAGUGGCACAACCCCUCAAACCUGGUGGGAUGAAAACGCACAACAUAUUUGGGAAGGUAUGGUAUGUGCUUUAACCUAUGAAGAUAAUGGCGAAAAAAAAAUAGAAAAGGUUAACGAUGCGAACGGCACAGAUCUUUUCGAAAAACUCAAAACCAAAUACCAAUACAAAAAUGUCAAACUCGACGAAAAUAGUGGUACUGAAGCCAAAACCAAUGAACCCUCCUCACCCUCUAGUGAUAACACCCCCACCACCCUCACCGACUUUAUAUCACGCCCCACCUACUUCCGAUACCUUGAAGAAUGGGGUCAAAAUUUUUGUAAAGAGAGGAAGAAAAGAUUGGAGAAGAUAAAGGAGGAUUGCUACAGAAAUGGUGGAAGAGGUGAAAAACAGUAUAGUGGGGAUGGGGAGGACUGUACUCAAAUGCUUCCUGCCGAUCCUACUACACUUCCGGCUUUAGGUUACAGUUGUCCCAAAUCUUGUAGUUCUUAUAGAAAAUGGAUAGAAAGAAAAAAAGACGAAUUUACUGAACAACAAAAUGCAUUUACUAAACAAAAAGCGAGUGCUCAAAAGAAUAAUGAUGAUAAUGGAUUUUGUGAAACACUAGAAAAUUACGAAGAAGCUAAACACUUUUUACAAAAGUUAGUACCAUGUUCUAAAACUAAUAAUGAGAGUGGAGAGGGUCCAAUAAAAUUUGAUGAUCAAGAUGAAACAUUUAGACCUGCAAAAAAUUGUGCUCCAUGUUCUGAAUUUAAAGUUAAAUGUAAUGGACGUGUUUGUACUGGCGGUGUAACAAAAGGGAACUGUAAUGGAGGAAGGAUUACUGCAGAAAAUAUUCAAAAUAAAAGAGAUGGCAAUGGAAAUAUUCAUAUGCGUGUCAUUGAUAGCAAUACAGCGGUAUUUAAUGGUUUAGAUGAGGCUUGUAAAACUUCAGGUAUCUUUAAAGGUAUUAGAAAAGAACAAUGGAAAUGUGAUAAUGUAUGUGGUUAUGAGGUAUGUAAACCGGAAAAUGGCAAUGAGAAUGAAAACAAAAACCAAAUUUUAUUAUUUAAUGCAUUGUUUAAAAGAUGGCUAGAAUAUUUUUUAGAGGAUUAUAAGAAAAUUAAACAUAAAAUUUCACAUUGUAUGAAAAAUGGUAAUGGAUCAAAAUGUACAAAUGAUUGUCCAAAUAAAUGUAAAUGUGUAGAAAAAUGGGUGGAAAAGAAAAGAGAAGAAUGGUAUAUAGUAAAAAAACGUUUCAAUGGGCAAUAUACAAAAGAAAACGAUGAUGCUAUUUCUAGUAAUUUAAACUCUUUUUUGGAGCCCUUGGUAACUCAAAUUGCUGCUGCAACUGAUAAAGCAGAGCAUGAAACUUUAGAGAAGUUAGAAAAAUCACUUGGAUGUAAUUGCCCUGAUAGCUCACAAAAAAAAGGUGAUACACCAAAAGAUAUCGUAGAAUGUUUGCUUAAUAAGCUUCAACAAAAAGCAACAUCUUGUCAAGAACAACAUAGUGACGUAGACCCAAAAACAUCGUGUGAAACCUCCUCCCCCGUUGAAGACGAAGACGAUACACUAGACGAAGAAACAGAGGUGAAGGCGCCGGAAAUUUGUAAAAAUGUAGUGGAUACAAAAAAAGAAAACGAUGAAACAGGAGAAACUUGUACAUCAGAAGACACGAUAACAAAAGAAACAGUGGAAACAGAUAGCACUGAUGGACCCAAACAAGAGGAACCUCCAGCUGCGACACGACCAACAAAACCAAAAGGACGAAAACCCAGACAACCAAAAGAAAUAGAUUUCCCAACCCCCGCACUAAAAAAUGCCAUGUUAUCUUCAACCAUCAUGUGGAGUAUUGGUAUUGGAUUUGCUACAUUCACUUAUUUUUUUUUAAAGAAAAAAACCAAAGCAUCUGUUGGAAAUUUAUUCCAAAUACUGCAAAUACCCAAAGGCGAUUAUGAUAUAUCUACAUUGAAAUCAUCCAAUCGUUAUAUCCCCUAUGCAAGUGAUCGAUAUAAAGGUAAAACAUAUAUUUAUAUGGAAGGAGAUAGUAGUGGUGAUGAAAAAUAUGCAUUUAUGUCUGAUACUACUGAUGUAACUUCCUCAGAAAGUGAAUAUGAAGAAUUGGAUAUCAAUGAUAUAUAUGUACCAGGUAGUCCUAAAUAUAAAACAUUGAUAGAAGUAGUACUUGAACCAUCGAAAAGAGAUACACAAAAUGAUAUACACAAUGAUAUACCUAGUGAUAUACCAAAUAGUGACACACCACCACCCAUUACUGAUGAUGAAUGGAAUAAAUUGAAAAAAGAUUUUAUAUCUAAUAUGUUACAAAAUACACAAAAUACAGAACCAAAUAUUUUACGUGAUAAUGUUGAUAAUAAUACCCAUCCUACCACGUCACAUCAUAAUGUGGAAGAAAAACCUUUUAUUAUGUCCAUUCAUGAUAGAAAUUUAUUUAGUGGAGAAGAAAUUAGUUAUAAUGUUAAUAUGGUUAAUAGUAUGAAUGAUAUUCCAAUGAGUGGUAAAAAUGAUGUAUACAGUGGUAUAGAUUUAAUUAAUGAUUCGUUAAAUAGUGACCAACAUAUUGAUAUUUAUGACGAAGUGUUGAAAAGAAAAGAAAAUGAAUUAUUUGGAACAAAUAAUACGAAAAAAAAUACAUCAACCAAUAGUGCAUCCAAACUUACAAAUAGUGAUCCUAUAACCAACCAACUAGAACUGUUCCAUAAAUGGUUAGAUAGACAUAGACAUAUGUGUGAUCAGUGGAAUAAAAAUAAAAAAGAGGAAUUAUUAGAUGAAUUAAAAGAAGAGUGGAAUAAAGAAAAUAACAAUAGUAGUGCUAAAACAUACAAUAGUGAUAAUAAACCUAGUCAUAACCAUGUGUUGAAUACUGAUGUUUCUAUUCAAAUAGAUAUGGAUAAUCUUAAACCAAAGAAUGAAUUUACGAAUAUGGAUACAAACCCCGACAAAUCUACUAUGGAUACUAUAUUGGAUGAUCUAGAAAAAUAUAACGAACCCUACUACUAUGAUUUUUAUAAAGAUGAUAUUUAUUAUGAUGUAAAUGAUGAUGAUAAAACAUCUAUGGAUAACAACAAUAACCUUGUAGAUAAGAAUAACCCUGUGGAUAGUAACAACUCCACCUAUAACCACCGCAACCCUGCAGACAUUAACAAAAAUUUUGUGGAUAAAAACAACCAAAACCAACACCCUAUAGAAAAACCUACCAAAAUACAAAUUGAAAUGAAUAUAAAUAACGGGGAAUUGGUGAAAGAAAAAUAUCCUAUAUCGGAUAUAUGGAAUAUAUAA